CAUGAUUCAGUACCCUUAUUGUCUUCAUUAUCCUUAUCAACUGACAUAGUCAUCAAUAAGGCUUUAUAUAAGCUUGAAGAAAAAUACGAAUCCCUAAAUGACUGUGGAUCAAAAGUCACAUUCUUGCAAAAAAUCGAAGCCUUGGCUGCUGAAAAAAAUGUAGUUCCAAAGGCACCAUUGCGUAUCACACCUAAAGGACAACCAACAUCCACCAAGCGAAAUUCUCUUCUUAGUGAACUUCAAGAUAAAGCCGCCACAAAAAAAAGAAAUAUAAAAAAACCAAUGCCUGAACUCAUGAAAAGUCUGCAAAAAUCACCACAACUCUUAUAUCAUGAUCAAAUAUCCACUUAUAUGCAUAAAUAUAUAAAAGAGGUAAUAAAUGUGGAUGGCGAUGGCAAUUGCGGAUACAGAAUACUGGCUGUGUGUUUAGAAAGAAAUAAAAGCGAAUGGUCAGAGAUGAAAAAAGAAUUGCGAGAGGAAUUGAAUAAAAGGGAGCAAUUCUACCAAUCAUUAUUUCUAGUUAAUGGUGAUUAUGCAGUGAUUAUAAGAGAGAUUUCUUGGAUGAAUAGUCCUUGCACGUUCGAAUACUGGAUAAGAAUGCCAUUGAUAGGAGAUGUUAUA